GUUGCGAAAAACCCCGCACACGGUCGGAGGGAUUUCCUGUGCUGUUUGCUGAGCUGCAAGAAAAUCGCCAAUCGUCUCGGUGUCUGGGUUUUUUGUUUUUUUGCUGAUUUCAUGUCUUAGUAAAGAAACAUUUACUGCGCGUGUCCUAGACUACACCCAGAAGUAGCUAGCUAGCCAGUAAUAAUGACGUCCGAAGCCACUGUGGCCGAUACUCGCCGGUUAAACUCCAAGCCGCAGGACCUGACGGACGCUUACGGACCUCCGAGUAAUUUUCUGGAAAUAGACGUCUACGAUCCUCAAACUAUCGGAGUCGGGCGGAAUCGGUUCACCACUUACGAAGUCCGGAUGCGGACCAACCUCCCCAUUUUCAAGUUGAAAGAAUCUUGUGUACGAAGAAGGUACAGCGACUUUGAGUGGCUGAAAAAUGAGCUGGAAAGAGACAGUAAGAUUGUUGUGCCUCCUCUGCCCGGGAAAGCACUGAAGAGACAGCUCCCUUUCCGUGGAGAUGAGGGAAUAUUUGAGGAGUCGUUCAUUGAAGAGAGGAGAGUCGGACUUGAACAGUUCAUCAACAGAAUUGCCGGUCACCCCUUGGCUCAGAACGAGCGCUGUCUUCACAUGUUCCUGCAGGAGGAGAGCAUCGACCGCAACUACAUCCCUGGAAAAGUAUGAAUGAAAUGCUACAGUAAGACUAAGGCGCCUCCUCCGCUCAGAAGACUGCCUCAUCUCUGUGCUUAUAUUUGCCUAGCACGCUUACUCAGGUGCUCUAAAAACAAAACACUGAACCCCAAUUCAAAAAGAAAAAACAGUCGGUAAUUGUUUUGCUGUCCAGGCUUUAAUUUCUUUUCUUCUUCUUCUUUUUUUUUUUUUUAAAUAAUCUUAGUGAAGCCCAGCUAUAAUGACUUGAAUAGAGUAUCUGCACGAGUAUCUCACAUUGCAUGAAUGAUUCGUUUGUGCCAGAUUCAUGUCACUUUACAGUAAGGAACAUUCUCUAACAAGUAGCCACGCCCCUGGAGUCUCUGUCUUUGCCCGAGUCCUAAACACGAACCUAAGCAUCCAGCCUCAUUUGCCACAUGAUUCAGAAUGAUCAAUAAAAUGUAGCAAGGCAGACGUGAGGAGCAAAAUUGGGACCACGCAUCGUUCCUGUUCGACAUUCCAUGGUUCAUUUAUGUACCUUCCGAUCUAUUACAUACGUGUUUUUUUUUUCUUUAUAUAUAUAUAUAUAUCGAAGAGUAGAGUGUUAGAGCAUUGUGUGUUUUCUUGGCUUCUCUGUGUGUUGGUGUUAGAUCAUGGCGCUUGGGACUAUACACCUUCAAUCACAAUGAAAAUCACUGCGGCUCCCCCAUCCCUCUGCCGUGCUUUAUCGAGAUUAUUUUUUGUUUUGUUUUUUUUUAAAUAAAUUUAUAAUAUUGCUGAUUCCAAUCUAUAUACA